AUGGCUAUUGUGAAGGCAGAAAUUGUUGAAGCCAUUAAGGAUUUCUUCAAAACUAGGAAAAUGUAUAGGGCAAUUAACUGUACAGCUAUUACUCUGGUUCCAAAAACUACCAAACCAAAUAUAGUGAAAGAGUAUAUACCUAUUGCAUGUUGUAUUGUGCUAUACAAAAUGAUUGCUAAAAUACUAGCCUUCAGGUUGCAAAAAGUGGUUCCAGAUAUCAUUUGUGAGGCCAAGCAAGCAUACGAUUCUAUUGAAUGGCCAUUCCUGAGGGAGAUGCUCACUGAGCUUAGAUUCCCAGAUCAAUUUGUUCUUUGGAUAAUGGAGUGUGUUCAAAUAGUAAACUACACUAUGAUGAUCAAUGGUGAGCCAAGUGAACCUUUUAAUGCAGCUAGAGGGCUUCGACAAGGAGAUCCAAUCUCUCCUUUCCUAUUUGCAAUUGCUAUAAAGUAUCUAAGUAGAUAA